AUGCCUGGUUUUCUACUUUCCAAUGUGCGCUCCUUACGCUACAAGUGCGAUGAGCUGUACAGUAUAGCUGUGAAUAAUAACUCAGCAGUUAUUGCUGUAUCCGAGACCUGGCUAAAUGCUGAUAUCCCAGACUCAACUGUUACUCUGCCUGGAUAUACAAUACCUCGGCGGGAUCGUGAGGGCUGUGGGGGAGGAGGAGUCGCUUUGUAUGUCGAUGAAAACAUCACUCAGAUUCGACUGACUCAUGUAGAAGAAGACAAACAUGAAGCAUUGUGGGUCUGGUUACGUCCCAGUCGUCUUCCUCGAGGGUUAAGUUGUAUUAUUGCUGCUGUGCUCUAUAUUCCUCCGCAAUCUUCAACAACAGCACAACCUGACACACUAAUCACUCAGUACCUGGAUCGUUGCCUUAGGAAUAUUGAAUGCAACUACCAACAGGCCGCAAUUGUCAUACUCGGUGAUACAAAUGAGUACAAGUCUGAAACCAUCUGCAGCAGACAUGGUCUGAAACAAAUAGUGGCUGGAGCAACAAGAAAGACCAGUCAAUUAGACUCAAUCUUUACUAACAUUUCCUCCAUGUUUGAGUCACCAGAGCAUUUGCCUGUUCCUGUUGGCUCCUCUGACCAUGAGACUAUCCUACUAAAUGCUGGAAACUGGCCCAUCAAGCCUAUCCAUGAGAACGAAGAGUACCAUAAGCAUCUGAACGAGGACAGCCUGAUGCACACGCCCGAGUUUGUGAUCAAGCCACGAUCGCACACUGUUUGGGAGAAACAGUGUGUGCGGCUGCACUGUACCAUCUCAGGAUGGCCUGAAUCACGCAAACAGUGUGUGCGGCUGCACUGUACCAUCUCAGGAUGGCCUGAACCACGCGUCGUGUGGUACAAGAACAAUGUUAGCAUUGAUCCAAUGGCUAAGCCGGGGAAGUAUAAAGUGGAGAGCAGCUACAGCGUCCACUCUCUGGAGAUUAACAAGUGUGACUUUGAUGACACAGCACAGUAUCGUGUGUCAGCCAUGAACAGCAAGGGCGAGGCCUCUGCUUUUGCUUCUGUUGUCGUCAAAAGAUUGAAAGGAGAAGUUGAGGAGUCUCUGCCAUCUCCCAGACUCCCACCUUGUCUGGACUACGGAGUGAAAUUCGAGACGAACAUUGUGGAGAAGUUUGGUGUGUCUUUCGGUCGUGAGGGUGAGACGCUGAGUUUUGGCUGCUCUGUUAUCAUCUAUCCUUCACUGCAGCGCUUCCAGCCUGAGAUAGAGUGGUACAGAGAUGAUAAACUGCUGCUGCCAUCAAAAUGGGUUCAGAUGCACUGGAGCGGCGACCGAGCGACUCUUACUCUCUCACACCUCAACAAGGAGGAUGAAGGACUCUACACUCUUCGUGUCAUCACCAAAUCUGGCUUUGAGACUCAUUCAGCGUACGUCUUUGUCAGAGAUGCUGAUGCGGAGGUUGCAGGCGCUCCUGGUGCUCCUUUAGAUGUUCAUAGUCUGGAUGCUAACAAGGAUUAUGUGAUCGUUAGCUGGAAACAGCCUGCUGUCGAUGGAGGAAGUCCCAUUCUGGGCUACUUUGUUGACAGGUGUGAAGUUGGUACGACACACUGGUCGCAAUGCAAUGACACUCCGGUGAAGUUUGCACGCUUCCCUGUAACGGGUCUGGUGGAAGGACGAAGCUAUGUGUUUCGAGUGCGUGCGGUGAACAAGGCAGGCCUGAGCCAUCCAUCCCGUGUGGCUGAACCAGUAGCUGCUAUGGACCCUUCAGACCGCACUAGAAAAGGAACCUCUGCUCCUUGGACUGGACAAAUCAUUGUGACUGAGGAGGAGCCUGUGGAUGGAGUGGUUCCCAGCAGACCUUGUGAUCUCUCAGUCAUUGAAGCCACUAAAAACUAUGUGGUGUUGAGCUGGAAGCCUCCAGGGGACAAGGGCCACCAAGGGGUUAUGUAUUACGUGGAGAAGUGUGUGUCUGGCACAGAAAGCUGGCAGCGAGUCAACACUGAAAUCCCCGUCAGAUCUCCACGUUUCGCUCUUUUUGAUCUGGCCGAGGGAAAAUCUUACCGCUUCCGCGUUCGCUGCUGCAACUCAGCCGGUGUUGGUGAACCAUCCGAACCGACCGAAGCCACCACGGUUGGGGACAAGCUGGAUAUCCCAUCAGCCCCGGGCCGUGUGGUUCCCACCCGUAAUACAGACACAUCUGUGGUGGUUUCAUGGGAAGCGUCACGUGACGCUAAAGAGCUGGUGGGCUACUACAUUGAGAGCAGCAUUGCUGGGAGCAAUGCUUGGGAGCCAUGCAACAACAAACCAGUUAAAGGCACAAGAUUUAUCUGUCAUGGCUUGACUACAGGCGAGAGUUAUGUUUUCCGGGUAAGAGCAGUCAAUGCUGCGGGAAUCAGUGAAUUCUCACAAGAAUCAGAAGCCAUUACAGUUAAAGCUGCUAUUGCUUCACCCACUCCACCCUAUGGCAUCACUGUGCUGGAGUGUGUGCGGGACUCGAUGGUAUUAGCCUGGAAACAGCCCACUUUCAUCGGCGGCGCUGACAUCACUGGUUACUUCGUAGAUUACCGUGAGGUCAUCGGUGGAGUCCCAGGAAAAUGGCAUGAGGCGAAUAUUAAGUCUGUCAGUGACAGAGCUUACAGAGUUUCAGAGCUUAAGGAAAACAUGCUGUACCAGUUCCAGGUACGUGCUGCCAACAUGGCUGGUGUGGGCAUCCCAUCUCUUCCUAGCGAGACAUUCAAGUGUGAGGAGUGGACUAUUGCUGUACCAGGACCACCCCAUGACCUCCAAGUGCAGGAGGUGCGUAAGGACUAUCUGGUCUUGCUCUGGAAAGCACCUGUCUAUCAGGGUCGUGAUCCUGUCAAUGGAUUCUACAUUGAUAUCAAAGAGGCUGACGCAGACUUUGAGAUGUGGAGAGGAGUCAAUGAGAAAGCUACUGACAAGACAUUCAUGAAGAUCAAGGAUCUGAAGGAGGGGGAAUCGUAUGUUUUCCGUGUGCGUGCUCAGAACAAGGCUGGUGUAGGGAAAGCAUCAGAUCCAACAGAACCAGUUGAGGCAGUGACUAAACCAGGUACGGCUGAGAUAGUUGUGAAUGUUGACGAUGAUGGUGUCAUUUCACUGAAUUUUGAAUGCUCUAAUCUCACCGCUGACUCCAAAUUCAUCUGGUCCAAGAACUACAUGGAAAUGACAGAACCUGAACGCAUGACCUUAGAGACUAAGGGUAACAAAUCCAAAGCCAUCUUUAAAACACCUUCAGAAGAAGAUCUGGGCAUCUACUCUUGUUUCGUGACACACACUGAUGGAGCUUCUGCCAGCCACACACUCUCUGAGGAAACUCUAAAAGAACUUCUGAAGGUCAGCCAUGACCACAAAUUCCCCAUCAUCCCUCUGAAGACAGAGCUGGCCGUGGAGCUGCUGGAGAAGGGCAGGGUUCGCUUCUGGUUGCAGGCUGAGAAAAUCUCUGCCAAUGGAAAAGUUGAAUACGUGUUCAAUGACAAUGUGAUCCACCAGGGAGAGAAAUACAAGAUGAACUUUGACAGAAAUACUGGCGUCAUUGAGAUGUUCAUGGAGUCUCUGGGCAAAGAAGACGAGGGAACGUUAACUUUCCAGCUUCAAGACGGCAAAGCCACCAACCAGUCCAGUCUAGUGCUGAUCGGAGAUGUAUUUAAGCAGUUACAGAAGGAAUCAGAGUUCCAGAAAAAAGAAUGGAUUAGGAAACAAGGUCCACACUUCGUGGAGUAUCUCGGUUAUGAAGUCACACCUGAGUGCUGUGUGAGACUGAAGUGUAAGGUUGCUAAUAUGAAGAAAGACUCUGUGGCGCUGUGGUAUAAGGAUGGACGAGAGAUCAAGGCCAAUGAGAAACUGGAUUCCUCUGAAGGAGUGUUGACUCUGGAGAUCGCUCAGAUCUCCAGAAAGGAUGCUGGUAUAUAUGAAGUAGUUCUGAAGGAUGACAGAGGCAAAGACACCUCCACCCUCAACCUCACAGACCAAGGAUUCAAAGACAUGAUGAACCAGGUUUUCAGUGUCAUAGCGAACUCCUCCACACCACUGAAGAUCCAGAGCACAGAGGAGGGAAUCAGGCUUUACUCCUUCGUCAGCUACUACAACGACGAGCUGCAUGUCACCUGGCAUCACAAGGAUGCUGCCAUUGCAUUCACCGAGCGCAUUAAGAGCGGAGUGGUGGGAGAGCAGCUGUGGCUGCAGAUCUCUGAACCCACAGAGAAAGAUAAAGGCAAAUACGCCAUUGAGUUCUUCGAUGGGAAUAGAGGCUUGCGCAGAACUGUGGAACUGGCUGGACAAGCAUUUGACGAUGCGUUUGCUGAAUUUCAAAGACUCAAGGCUGCAGCAAUUGCAGAGAGAAAUCGUGCGCGUGUGGCAGGUGGUCUGCCUGAUGUUGUGACCAUCCAAGGGGGCAAGUCUUUGAACCUGACCUGCAAUAUCUGGGGCGACCCUGUACCCGAGGUCACCUGGCUAAAGAACGAGCGUGAGAUGGUUUCCAACGAUCAUUACGUUCUGAAGUUUGAGUCGGGCAAGUUUGCCAGUUUCACCAUCACCAGCGUCAAUACGUCUGACUCCGGCAAGUACAGCAUCCUGGUAAAGAACAAGUACGGUACGGAGAGCGGCGACUUCACCGUAAGUGUCUUCCUGCCAGACGAGGAACCCGGCAAGAAAAAAUAAAACAAAGCAAAAAGAAA